GUUGUAUUUAUGAGGGGACAGCGUCCUGGGGGUGGCACAGCGGCGAUCCAGCACCUGUCAGGAGACAUGAGGGCCAGCACACUGUGCGUCUUCGCCUGUCUGGCAGUCGCGGCACGCUCUGCCCCCCUGCCACCGGGGUCCAACGCCAGCUUUGCUGAGGAUUAUCUGGAGAAGUUCUUCGACCUGAAAAAUGCAAAUGCGUCCUCCCCAAAUAAUCGACGCUUGAGUCCGUUCAACCUGAAGCUGAGGGAGAUGCAGCAGUUCUUCAGGCUCGAGGUGUCAGGCGUGCUGGAUGAGAAAACACUGGAGGUGAUGAAUAAACCGCGUUGCGGGGUCCCAGAUAUGGGCGAGUACACCACCUUUCCAGGGAAUCUAAAGUGGCCCAACAACAAGGUGACUUACAGAAUCGAGAACUACACACCUGACUUGUCUCCGUCCGAAGUGGACCAGGUCCUAAAGGACGCCCUUGAAGUCUGGGCCAAGGUCACUCCUUUGCAAUUCACACGCAUCAACUCCGGUGUGGCCGACAUCAUGAUCUCCUUCGGCCGCAGAGAGCAUGGAGACGCUUACCCAUUUGACGGACCCGAGGGCACCCUGGCUCACGCUUUUGCACCUUCCGCGGGCCUUGGGGGCGACACUCAUUUCGACGAGGAUGAGACUUUUACCUCUCGCACUACAGCAGGGUACAAUCUGUUCAUGGUGGCAGCCCAUGAAUUUGGCCACGCCCUUGGCCUGUCUCACUCCACGGACCCUGGGGCUCUUAUGUACCCAAUAUACAGCUACAGAGAUCCAAGCACCUUCAUUCUUCCCUUGGAUGACGUGAAGGGAAUACAGUCACUUUACGGUGUGGGAGGAAAAGGUCCAGUACCACCCCCUAAAACACCUGACGCUUGCGACCCCAACCUGGUCCUGGACGCUGUCACAUCUCUGCGUGGAGAGAUGAUGUUCUUUAAAGACACGUUCUUCUGGCGUAGUUUGCCCCAGAGCAACCAGCAAGAAUUGCACCUCAUCUCAAGCUUCUGGCCAGAAGUUCCCAACAACAUCGAUGCUGCCUAUGAGAAUCCCAGCCUGGACAGGGUGUUCCUCUUCAAAGACGAUAAGGUCUGGGCUCUGUCCGGCUACGACAUCGCUGCAGGUUACCCAAGAAGCCUCAGUCAGAUUGGUCUGCCAGCCAGGAUUACGAAAAUCACCGCUGCUGUGUACAACACACAAACCAAAAAGACACUGAUCUUCGUCAAUGACCAAUACUACAGCUACAGUGGUGACCUUAAAUCAAUGGACAAUGGUUUCCCCAAACCUGUAGCCAAUGAUUUCAAAGGCAUGCAAGGUGGAGUCAUGGCUGCUUUUCAAGUCAAAGAUCUCAUCUACCUGCUGAAUGGAUCGUCCAUGUACGAGUUCAACGCCCGAAACAAGACACCUAGGCGCAGGCUUCCAGCCAACCUUUUCCUGGGCUGUUCGAGCUAAUUUACCUCCGUGCUGUUUAAUCGCAUACCUGGAAGCGCAACCUACACCUUGAACGACGAAGGCUUUCGCUUUAUAUUUCACAUGUUAAAAUAUUAUCAGUGUACCCUGAGUAAGAUGAUAUGGGCCAGAGAAUACUGCUUUUGAUUGUUUAAUUUCUAGACGUGGCUAUGAUGUACUCAAAUGUGUAUGUUAUACUUUCGUAAUUUAAAAAUGGCAUUAUCUUAGUUAUUCAACGGCAUCUAGCUUAUGCACGAACUUGAAAUAUGACGUACUGUACUGUGUAAAAGUGUUGGUUUUAAUAAACUUUUAAGUUUUCGUAUAUAUA